AUGAGUGGGUGCCAUUCACGUGUGCGUGCACUUGCACUUCUUUGCUGCAUCGCUCUCUCUGUGUUGACGUGCCCGACAGUCCUCGCCGAGGACCCUCCGCAGCCCACGUGGAGCAAGGAGGGCUGCAGCUCUGGCUUCUCCCUCUGUGCCAACGUCACGACAAAGGAGUCGUGGGCCGACGGUGGCAAAAACAUCUACUUUUUAGUUGACGUGCUCCCCGACCAGGACGGCUUCAACAACACCAACGUCACCGUAUGGUAUGUGGGCGAGAACUACCAGGAUACGUGGGCCUAUCACCUGAGCAAAAUACACUUCAAUGUGGUGCGAUUUUCGCCCCGCGGUUCCGACCUUGCGUAUCCGCAGAUUAACUGCAGGCCCGAGUAUUUCAACGAGGAUCGAAAUUGCUACCCCAGCGUUUCUUGUGCGGAGGAGAUUGCCCGCUCCGGCCUGAACUUGGCGCGGUAUUCCAUUGAGGAGACUGCAAAUGACCUUGCGUGGGUGCUCGAGACGCUGGGAAGUGGCAAACAGAACGUCGUUGUUGCGGAGGGGCUCGGUACAUUUAUCGUGCAGCAAAUGCUUCAGACCAAGAAGGAACUCGUGAAUGUGUCGGUGAUCAUGGCUGACUUCACACACCCGGAGCACUUCGACACCUUUGAGAGCUUCAACGGUUACGACGGUGCUCUGCAGCGGUUGCUGCGGUACUGUGAUGAUGCGGAGGGGUUUAUGUGUGCCACCCGAGUGGGCGCUUUCGAGGGGAUGUGGAACCGCUUUGUCAACGUAAUGACGGCAGCGAAGUUGGGCACGCUGAAAUGCAACACGCGUCUGCGGUGGGGCGUAAAGCCGGAGGAGAUGCACCGCGAGUACCGCGCUGUUGUAGCCGCCCUCCUCAAGAACCCACAGCACUUCUUGCUUGAAGGACAGACCGCAUUGGUUCAGCUUCUGCCGUCUUUCAUCUAUCGUCUGCAACGCUGUAACGAUGGGGAUGUGGCAGCCCUGGAGUUUUUGUAUGGCUACAUCACUGCACCUCGAAGGGAGCGGUGCCCACCGUUUAUACCGCAGCGGUACAAUUGGCUGGUGAACGAGCUUACCUUGGUGCCGCCUAUGGUGUCGCCGCAGGAAUUCCUCGAUGAGAUGUCGCUAACACGCCUGGUGGUGCCGAACAUAACGGCGGUGCAGCCGUUCUUUGACGUGUACAAUGCGUACCCAAAGUACAGGGUUCCCAACAGGAGCAUCGCCAAGACAGAAACGAAGAUGCUGCUGCUCUUAUCCGAUGUUGAUCCGGUAUUUCCAUUUGUGCCAGCCUCGUUGGCCGCCAACGCGUACGGGGCGGAUGUUCGCAUUCUGCCACACCAAAACAGCUUCCCCGUGGCCACCUCCGCUGAGGAUUGCAUCUCUAGGAAUCUGCAGAGCAUCCGCACGGCAAUGAAGUGGACAGAGGCGUCGCAGUGCAAGCUGACAGCUGAUUACAAGCUGGACUUCAACCUGGAAACGAAGAAGUACUACGGGGUUGUGGACGCAUGGGAGUUCACCACUUCAAACGCGCCAGAAAUCCUCGUGAAUGCAACGUCAACGUCCACCGCGCCGUCGCCGGGGGAGCCCGGGCACGACGAGAAGUGCUCCAAAGGGGGAACAGUUGCCCUCGCCGUGUUUUUCGUCCUGUCGCUGGUGGCGCUGGGGGGCGUGUCGUACCUCUACUGGAGACAGUCAAGAGUGCCAAAGUUCUCGGAUGACUUCUACUCCAACCUCAGCCGCUGA